AUAGAAAACGGCUCCGUUGACGUCGACCGCGCCUCCAGCAGCCAAUCGUAACACAGCUACGCUGAAUCAGGAAAAUCACACUCCUGGUUCCGCCGUCUGGCCAGACAGUCAAAAUCAGAAUCGCCCUGCUUCCUGAAUGACCGAUAGCGACCAGGCCUGUCGGAGACGUCGACUGAGACCGUCAGCGAGAGUCAUACAGCAUGGGAGUCAUUCCGUCAGCCAGGGAAACAGAAGGGAAUCCCUUCACCGGAGAACGGAAUGACAGGAACGAUACCGUGAAUCCGUCUAGUACCGCUUCUCUGCUGGGAUAUUCUUGCAGCAUAUCCACCAUUACUCUGUCAAGGAAUUGUUCCUGGAAUUCAGGCAGACUGUCAGGACGUGUUACCAGGACAGGCACGACUAGAGCUAGAGGUUCUUUUAGUGCUUUCCUGCCUCAAGGCUGUGCGAGUAAGACCUUGGGAUUGGAAACGCCAUAAUUUUCUUGACCGCUGUUACCAUUCUUCCUGAUCAUCCUUACGACUUCGUUUACGCAGUAGGUUCAAGUGUUUCGUGACUUAUCCUUGUCAGAUGAGCAACAAGGCUCUCUCGAUCGCAUGAAUUGUUCCUGAUGGAGAGCUUCAACAGUCGCCAGGACUUUUCGAUGCUGGAUAAUUCGUACUCUCCAAUGACAUCUCGGCUUUCUUCUCCUGAACUUCCUCAAAAUUUCACUCCCAUGGCGGACGCCUUACACCGUCCCUUCCACGAUGAGGAUUCUUGGCCCACCGUUCAUCACCUCGGACAAUCCCUGUCAACGGCUCCUUGGCCCUCUUCUUCGUCAGCUCCGGAUUUGGCUUCAUCAGGACAGCGACCUUCUACUAGUAUCUCGAGAACGUCCCAUGGUCACCUCAGUUUUACAGUUGAACCGAAUUCUUCCAGUCGUGCUUCUGCUAGACUUUCCAUGCUUUCCACCGAGCUGGUGGACGAUGGGACUCUUAAUGUCAAUUCUUUGUUUUCAGAGGGGCUUGGAGGUCUUGACGAUUCGGGAGGCUUGCCAUCGUUUCUUGGCGUUGAAACACCAGACGCUGAGAAGGUUGGUGAAGGGGAGGGAGGAGGUGAUGGCCACGGGGAUGGAACUGCUACAGAUGCUGAUCUAAGCCGUGUUUGCAACAUGUUGAUGAGCCUUUUUGCUAGCCGUAGCUGCAACAGCACACCACGGACCACAGCCGCGCCUGCCUCAGGAGCAGGUCGAGGAGUAACUCCCAGCGAUCUACUUCCAAGAAGGCGAACGGAGGGGGUGAUUGUGGACGGCUCCGGUUUUCCACUGCGGCAGAAGGGUCAAAUGAACAGGGGUGAAAGGGAGGGUAAUGAUGCAUGGAGAAGCCUCCCACAGUUGAAGACGAGAUCAUCUCAACAUCGAGCCAGUUCCCUGACGGCGCUGACACAGCCUGCUGUCCAUGACAAUAACCAUCGCCCUUCUGCUGGGGUCCUUGAGAAGCUAGACGUGGCCAGUCUUUUGGAUACAGUGUUAUCAGGAGGAACAAUGCAUCAAGACGAGGCCAAGUGGAAACGUCUUGGCGAAGGCCUCGAAACACUGCUGUCUGGCAUGCAAGAUCAUCAGAACGAAGAAAGCAUCAACUACCUCAUGCGUUGGCUGCAGCAAGUGACUGAGGAGCAAGAGUCUGCUUCUGUGCAGGCUUCUGAUGUGGCGCAGUCUGGUGAUACUGACUUCAGAGCCAGUUUCCUGCAGCAGCUUGAGCUCAUGGGUGGAACCUCUGCACUAGAAGUGGCCUCUGGGUCCAGUUAUUGCGACCCUGCGGAGCUGGUGGGAAGCUUUGGUGAGCUGAGCGAAGGGCCCAGUGCUCUUACUGAUAGUGGCACGGAAUUGCAUGCCAGCAGCAGCAGUGAUGGGCUUGGUAGGCUGGAUUGUGUGUCUGGUGCUGCUAGCAAGGCAGAGCAGGGGUGCAACUCUGAAUGCAGCGAAAGGCGUGGUGGUGGAGAAUGGAUGCUUCCCGGGCGGGAUAUGAAAGUUAGUCUGGCGAAUGUUCCUGCCAGGAGUAUUGGAAUUGGGAGGAGAUACGGAGCUGAGCAAGGGGUCAUGGCAGACAGCGGUGGGACUGAAGCUGCGAAAAGCUGCAGUGAACCUGAGGAUGGCAGAGAGGAUGAGGAUGAUGAGGCACCGGUUGGGUUGAGGGCGUACAGCAGCACAUGGAGCAACGUUCACAGUGUGAACUGGCUGGCGACCAGGAGGACCUCUGAAGACAGCUUUUUGGGAAACCGCUCCAGUGGAAGAAAUUCCAGUGAAAGAGUCUCUACUGUUCGGAGGCCCAUCAGCCGGACUGCCAGUGGAAGGAGGUCGACUACAGACCUAAGGGAAGAGGAAAGAGCAGGAAGUGGCAGGAAGGGGUCCAGCAGCGUCGGUCUUCCUGGAGAAAAGACCUUCGGAGAACAUGGCGUAAUUUCGCCACCUUCGGUGCAAGCAUCCAAGGCCGAUGUGCAACGAUCGUCUGAAUCGUUGGAGACUCUUGCAGCCAGGGAGCUUCAAACCGAGAAUGGGCCACUUCAGCCCAUGCCACGGCCACGGUUGCUGUCGCAGGACCGGUCAAUGUCCCUCUCUUCCUUCCUCACAGAUCUGUCGUCAUCUGAUGGAGGCUUGCCCGAGUUCGCUCUCUCUCCACUCCAGGCGUCUCCAGCUACGUCCGCCUGCGGCUCCCAACCUCAGUCAGGAAACUGCUCGCCUCGUCCCCCAUGCUCAGACGACGACCUUCCUUUGCCUUCACUUCUACGCGAAUCACCAAAGCGGGGGAUUCUGCAGCACUGCCCAACUUACGAAACAGGAGAUGUAGCUGUACCUGGCUCUACUGCUCAGCUACCCAUACUUCCUCCUCCUCCUUCCACUCUUGUGCCUCAAAGCCUUGCUGCUCCUCUUACAUCCACACCACAUCCGUGGUCGACCUCUGAUUUGUCAGCAAACCCAAUGCCUUCAUCUUCCAGCAUGGUUUUCUCGCCUCCCGUACCUUCCUCAUCCCUUGUAGCUCAUCAGCCAGAUGAGCCACACACACUCACCUCCACACACACUCUCACCUCUCCCCACACACUCACACUGCCACAAAGUCUGCUCUCAUUCUCCAAUCCGUCAGCUUCCUCUGACAGUGAGAUGGACCCAGACUUGCGUCGGAGCACAAAAGCCCGGGAAAGUCUUGAGUCGUUUUCAGACCCUGAUGUACCAAUACCCAAGCUUAAGCGCACCAGCAACAGCAGUCAGGCUGAGGAAAGCACCAGUAGGCCACCUUAUAAAGAGGAAACAUCUACCGGGGGAAGGAAGGCAGCUACAACGCCUAUGGCUGAUGCAGGGAGUUCCAUGGCUACUGGAACAAUGGGUUAUGUUGCAGGCGCUAUGGGUGCUGGAAGCAGUGAUUAUGCUAAUUCGGCUGGUGUGAGCAGCAAGAGGGCUUCUGAGACUGCUGGAGUGGGGUUGCUGACUGGAGGAGGGAUAAGUUGGGAUGAGGUGGGGGAGAUGGAUGAUGUGCAUGGUGGUAUUUCAGGCAUGGAGUUUGGAGGAAAUUCUGCUGCUGUUUCUGGAGAAGGGGAGGGGUUGGAGAGAAGGGAUGGUAAAGGAGAGGAUGAUGGUGGACAGACAGAUUACAUGGGGUCUGACAUAGUAGGUGAGAGGGCAGCCAACUCAGGCUCGGUGCAGUCUUGUGGGGCAGUAGCAGCUGAAGCCACGGGGUUCGAACUGAUCAGUGCAAGGGGUCGGAAGGAAUCAGUUGCAGAGGAGGCCACCCCUCGCCUGUCAGCUGUCCUGCAGGUCCUCCAGUCGGCCCGCCAGAAGAUUCGAGCAGUCACUGUUCCAUCUCGCCUGCAACCCUCAGCAACAUAUGCUGCAGCCCUGGAUUUCCAGGAAACUGCCACAUCAGCCUCGCUGCCAAUGCCACGCCAGUCCCCCUUAGGAAUCUCGUCGUCCCACAAAGAUCUUCCACCAGCUCAUCUCCCUUCCGGGUCUCACAACCCACUUGCCGCUGAGCAACCUCUGGUGGUCAGAAAGGAGCAGACGAUCAGAGCUGGAGAAAGCUCUCAGCCCAGCCUGCAGUCAUCUUCGUCUCACACAGCUUCAAAGCUGCGGCAGCCAGUGACCACGGCACGGAGUUGCGAUUCUCAUGUUAAAAGGGGGUCAGGCUCGGGAUCAAUGCAAGAGAGAGCAGAGCUGCAGGCUGCAGGUGAUUCGGGACUUGCAGCUAGCACCAAGGCAGUUAUGUCAGUCUCUACGUUGAGGGAAGUGGUUCGAGCACGGCGGGAGAAGCAAGCUGGUGCUAGCAGUGGGCGGAAGCCAAGUACAGGAGACAGCAAGAAACCUGCCAGAUCCAGUGCUGCUGCCGGUGCUGCCUCCGGUGCUGCUGCUGGUGCUGCUGCAUCCCUGGAUGGAGUGUAUUAUGAGGAGGGAGGCUGCCAAUCAGGGUCGGGGUCUGACAGGAGCCGAAGCAGCAGGGCACGAAGAGCUGGUGGUGGGGUUAGUGCCCGUCCUUCCAGGAGUAAGGACAAGCAAGCAGGGAAAGGCAAGGAGAGGUCUGACUUGGUUGCUUUGAAUCCUGAUUUGUCAACAGCAGACGAAGCUGAUGGGAGCAUUCUGCCGCUGAGGAGAUCCAAGCCUUCUUCAAGCCAUCAGCACUCAAGCCCAUUGAGCCCUACUAGACCAGUAGUUGGAAGUUCCAGUAAGUGACAGUGCUUUUGAUUAUAUCUGUCCAUGAUGAAUCUUGUGGUGGGACGCAUAGCAUGCACACAUUAGAAUUCUACGUGUAGGUAGCUGUUUCUACAACUUCCAGGCAUGAUCAAAUGCUUCAAGGAAUUGUGUAAGGAAACUUCCUAACACUUU